ACCAACACAAGACAACGCUUCAGAGGUCACGUCGCAUGAUAUGGCGCCUCAUAAAAGCAGCGAAAGACUUUGUUUGGCUUCCCACACUAAGAGAGUCGCGGGGAAAUGAUCAGGUCCAGGUCAUGGCACUAUACCACCAACCAUGGCCGCCGUGCGCCAUACCUGCAGCUCGCCUUGAUCUUACAUGUCCUGUCGAAGAAGAAAAGACACCAAAUUACAGUCCAGAGAGAUUUUAUCCUAUUAGGUUGGGACAGCUGCUGAAUGGUAGAUAUCAGGUGGCGACCAAGCUUGGGUAUGGCGCUAACUCGACCGUUUGGCUUGCUCGAGAUCUCAACCGGUGGAGGUGGUCUACAGAAAAGUACGUUGCUAUCAAAGUCAACGCGACCAAGACUUUACACCGACGAGCCUCUGCAGAAAAUGAAAUCGAUAUCCUCCAGCAUAUCAAUCGAACAAACCCCAAGCACCACGGAUGGCACUUUAUUCGAAAGCUUACUGACAAUUUCUCCCUCGAGAGCCCACAUGGCAGCCACCCUUGCCUCGUAUUGGAACCUCUGCGUGAGCCGCUUUUGCUAUAUUGCUCCAGAUACAUUGGGGGCGUCAUCCCCCCAGACAUCUUGAAGAUUCUGCUUCAGAUGAUACUCCUUGGACUCGACUACCUUCACAAUGAGUGCCACGUUAUUCAUGCCGAUCUUAAGCCCGAUAAUAUCAUGAUACGGAUCGAAGACUCCAAGAUGUUUGAAAAGGAUGCAAUCGCAGAAUACAACGACCCGUUGCCAGAGAAGCAACUAGACGACCGCACCAUUUACUUAUCGCGGAACAACUACGGACCUCUUGCCAGACCAACGGGAACCAUACAGCUGGUUGACUUUGACCUCGCUGUUCAUUCCAAGCCCGGGGAGCUGCACUAUGGUGCGAUUCAAGGAGAAAUAUACCGAGCGCCAGAAGUCAUAAUCGACUCUGGAUACAGCUACUCUGCGGAUAUCUGGAGCCUUGGAGUAAUGCUUUGGGACUUGCUUGAAAAACAAAGUCUCUUCAACCCUGCGACUCUAGGGGACGGGAAGGAAUACGACGACUCGACCCAUUUGGGGCAGAUCACCGCCCUGCUAGGCCCUGCCCCCCAAGACCUUCUAACAAAAGGGAGAAGAUCGACCUUGUUCUACCAGGAGGACGGAGAGCUGAAAGACCCGAGCCGUAUACCCAGCAAUUUCAACCUUGAGAGCACGCUUACAUGUAUGGCUGGCGAGGAAAAACGGCGAUUUGUUCAGUUUGUCAAGAGAAUGAUAGCCUGGCGCCCCGAAGAACGAAGCACAGCCAAAGAGCUUCUAGACGACCCAUGGCUCUACAAAGACUUCCCUCGAGAUCAGACAACAAAAUCGAAGCAAUAAAAUCACAGAGACACUCAAUUUGUACAUCAUUCCGUUCGUUUAUCAUUGGAAGAGUUGUCUACCGCUAACAUAUAGCUGCCCUCUGUCCCUUAUGUACUUUACUCUCAUCAUCCUCAUACCGCCUCCUACUCGACGGCACAACAGCUGAUGGAUGCACUCCCCCCAUAGAGGCGGGUAUCCCCAUGUAUGCUGGGAUAUCCUCGCUCAGCUCGGGAAAGUGCUGGAAGAAGUCCGUCGACAUGGUCCAGGCGUUGAUGUCGCGGAUGCGCUGCUCGAAGAGUGGCGAUAUGUGGUAUUUGCCCGUGUGCGCGUUGUGGUAGAAUGUGUCCUGGAAACUGUCCGUCCAGAGGAUCUUUAGGUUGGUUUGGAGAAGCUCCCAGAAGGAGUUGUUGCAGUAUUGGUGUUGGGAGAAGAUGAGGCGUUCGCGGAGACCGGGCCUGCAGGUGGGGUUAGUUUUUGUGGUGGUGAGGUGGAUUGAAUUGAGUUGGACUUACCAGACGAAAAAGUCAAUGCCAUAUGAGUGCGGUAGUGCUUGCGAUGGCCUGUUAAUAUGUUAGUUCUGGUUCAUUUGCGUGGAAAAUUGGCUUUGUCGCACCUAUUCC